AUGGAUAUUUCUGAUGAAGUACUUGAUCAAGAGGCAAGCUUGUUUUAUGAAAAUGUCCGAGCUCUUGUUGUUGUUUUUUUGACUAUCUCAGUUCUUCUUCCACUAUCAUACAUUAUUGUCGCCUCAAGGCGGAAAUACAAAGAACCUUAUCUUUCUAAAGAUGAUAUGUAUGUGCACAGUUUUGUAAUGGGAAUAUGCACAGCCACGAUGACUUUAAGUGUCGUAAUGUUUUUUAUGCUUCCUUUGUCAAUCCUUGCCAAUGAAGUAUUAAUUUUGUUCCCUAACUGUUACUACGUUCAGUGGAUUAGCGCGGGACUGCUGCGCACCUUUUUCGUAUUCGUCCAGAUUGCUUUUAAAGGAACAUGCAUUCUGAUCCCAUUCGGUUUCUUUGUUUUAUCGUCACACAGUGUAUACACUGGUAGCAAGGCCGUAUCUUCACGCUUCUUCUAUUCGAUACUAUAUCUCGCAAUAACAUACCUUGCUUCAUUCGGCGCCCUAACCACUUUGGUAUCCACCUUUGCGCUUGCGUUCAAAUUCCCAAAUUUCGCCAGCACCAAUGAUUUCCUCACGAAGCUUCUACCUCGCGCUUGCCUAAAUUCAACAUUCUUUUACUACUCCUGGCCGCUGCAACUUUUAGGCGACAUCAUUUGCUGCGUGAAUAGUUCCUUAACAUUGGUACAGCAGUUCAUUUCCUACAUUGGUCUGGGACUCCUACUAAUUUGCAUCCCCAGUGGGAUCAGCAGCAUAAUCAUUCAAAUGAUGAAGGUUUCUACAACCCAAUCUUUGCGUUCUCUCUCUAAUGAUAUCUACAUUUGGCAACUGAUAGAUGAGAGUUAUCAUCUCCAGCUACAACAGUGCUUAAAAUAUAUUGAGAACCUAAACGAACCUCUUCGACACUCACUUCACUUGCAGUUUGACAAGCUAGAUUAUCGAAUCCACUCGUGCUCUUCUGUUGACGCCCAUUAUCACUUGUCUUCCUUGGAGUCCAAAGAUUCAUUUGGCGUAAAUUCAUUAUCCUGGGAUCUGAAGGAAGUCUCACCUAAAACUGGCCGUUCACUGCUCUCUUCAUUGGCCUUCCUCUUCCUCUUAUCAGUGCUUCUUGCUGCCGCGUUGUAUGCAUCAAUGAAUGUCACUGUACUGCUCUAUCAGCUCCUAACAUCUCGUACCCACGGAAUUGCAGACCAUUCUUCCAGAGAUGCAAUCCUUUUGGGACAUGAAUCGGCCUCCAAGUUUGGGUUCAUUGGUGCAAGCUUGCAAGCACUGAUGGUGGUGUUCGUUAUUUGCAUCAGUCUGUUUGGCUUCUACUCUCUCCCUCUGGUGUGCAAGCAUAUCUACCCACGAACCCACAGCGCUGGUAUGGCUCUCCUCCUCUUUAACGCUACCUGCAUCCUUAGCAUGUCCUCCGCAGUGCCCCUCCAGGCGAGUUUUCUGGGUCUGGCCACGCCCUCCUUCCCUCCGGUGUACUACUCGACCCUCGAUGAGGGAUUCUGCAGGCCUGCAAGUUGUCCCUGCCUACAGUCCCCUCCUCCAUCUUCACUACUACCCGACCCCACCCACUACCUCAACGGCUUUCAUUCGGCCGCCUUCUCAUUCAAGGGGUCCUCGAAGCCUCCUCACGAUCACAGUCUGCAGCCGCAACACCAGCAGCGGGAUCUCUUACGAAUGAAGGGCAUGUGGAAGAAGCAGCAACACACGAUCCAACAGCAACACCAGCAUCACUUGGGCACUAUGCCCCUGUCGUCGCCGCCUCCGACGCGCGAGUUGAUGAUAAUGCUGGUCUACAACUUCAGUUUCAUUGCCAUCUGCUGGUGGCUCUUCCGACUUUAUGUCAGGGACCUCGUAAAAGCGCGUCAGCCUUUGGUCUUGAUGGGUGUUGAGUACAUUCUAUGUGUUCCAAAAAUGGCAAGUGAACAAAAUUUGCAGCUAUUCGGACAUCAGUUCGGGUUCUCUGAGUGUGCAGCUUAUUUGGAUCCAAUGCGCUACGUAGGGGAGGACAACUGA